AUGAUGAUGAUGAUGAUGAUGAUGAUGAUGAUGAUAAUGAUGAUGAUGAUGAUGAUGAUGAUGGUGAUGAUGAUUAUGAUGAUUAUGAUAAUGAUGAUGAUAAUGAUGAUGAUGAUGAUGAUGAUGAUGAUGAUGAUGAUAAUGAUGAUGAUGAUGAUGAUGAUGAUGAUGAUGAUGAUGACGAUGAAGAUGAGUGAUGAUGAUGAUUUGGCUCCCUGACGAUCCCACAAGUCCUCGUACCGGAAGCUUGCAGCCUUAGUUAUUGAGUUGCGAAUUUCCGAGGCACUGAAUUGUACCUUUCUAAAUUUUACAGGCUAUGUUGUGAGGUGGAAGUAUUGUGUGAAACUCACAGGCGUUAAAACGCUCAAGGGAAAACAGUCCAAGUACGAAGAUGUCGGCCGCGAUAAAGUGGCUUACUUCUUUUGGCAAGGCAAGGACAGUACACUGAAUGAAAAAGGAACUGCCGCACUCAUGACCGUGGAGCUGGACUCGGACAAAGGACCACAGGUAGGAUACUAACCAGUCAAACGGCAGAUGCUGGCGAAAGCUAAGCAAAGUACACCCUGCUAGCAGAUCCUUUUUUUCGCUUGCUCGAAUUUGGCGUAUUCGAGAAAGACUCUGCUUGAAUUGAGUAAAAUCUUUGUUGAGCAUGCGCUGGUUGUUGCUAGGAUACAAUUUUGAACCCAGAGCCUAAUAGCCGUGCGCUUGGUACAGCGGACUCAAUUAUGACCAUUGGUUAUCAAUACACGGAUGCUUGUACUCGAAAGACCAGUUUGACGAGAGAAAACAAGAUUUUCUUCGAUCGUGAAUUUCGUACUGUAGAUAGACAGUUAGAUAUUUUACUUAGUCAUAGUGGUUUUUUCAGUUAAAGCGCUGGUUUACAUUAAAGCCGUUUUUUAAAAUUUAUAUAUCCAGCAGAGUUUCUAGUUAUUCUAAUUGUGAAAAAGAAGAAAAUUUAUAUAUACACACUUAAUGUAAAACUAGGUAUUAUUGUGAGGAAUCAAAGAAGCUGGAAAGCAGGCGGCCCAGUUCAGAUUUAAAUAAGUUCAUUGACUUUGCAUUCACGCAAAUCUUCGAGUAAUUUAUUCGAAAUAAAUGCGCCCCUAUAGCCAACAUGUUUUUUUCUUGUUGUUGCCAUAAUUGGUUUUGGAAAGAGGCCACUGAAAUCUAGAAGAGGAGCCCUUGGAUCAAGGGUUGACCUCAUUUUUUAAAAAAUUUGGCAUAGGUAUUCAUGUGCCAUAUUAUCGUACACCUCGAACGUUUCUAUAGCGAGGAGCUUAACUCUGCGUAUGGAAACGUCAAAGGCUUGACGGGAUUCAGGCAGUCUUGUCUUCCUCAGUUUCUGUGUUUUUUUCCCUUUGGCUUGCGUUGCUAUAUCAAUGAUUGACUGAAAAUCUCCCUCCAAAAUUUAACCAUAAUAAUGUUUGUUGUUCUUCUUGAAGGUUUUGGUUGCCCAAGGCAAGGAGCCGCCAUGUUUUACAAGAUUAUUUGAAGGAAAGAUGGUUGUUCAUUCAGGGAGGUAAGUUCUUUACGAUCCACCGAAAUAAUAAUUCUUAUUGAUUUGAACAAGUGUGGAAAGUGCCUUGUUGCAGGAUGUUAAGAACGUUUUUUUUUUAUUUUACUUCACAGGAGAGACUGUGAAGAUGAAACAGGUAUGGAUACUGGGUUACGAUUUGAUGAUCGUUAAACGAAAGUUAGGUCGUUUAUUAUUUACAAAAAGUUUCCGGAAAAUUCGGUUGGACAGUAAAUUGAACACUACUUUUUGGGUCGUUACAUCUGAAAAUUUCCCGCAGGAACAAAACAUCUGAAGAGGUAGUCCUGUUUAAAACGGAAAUUCGUGUUCCCUCUCUUGAAUAUAAUCUUUCGUACCAGUUUCAGGGCUUCGCGUUCGUUUUUCGGUAAAUGGAACUGAAUUGUACAAAUGGUAAAAGCGAUUCCGGGACGAAAUUUAGUCGUGAAUUUUGUCUACCAUUAGCCCAAACCGUGAACUGACCUGUUUGCAAUGCAAAGUCUACUGCUGGUUUCCCCACGUAGAGUCGACUAAGGAAAGAGCGCAGAAAUUCCAUACUGAUGGCGAUUUAGCUAGUGCUUCUGAUUGGUUGAAGCAAAUCGCCCUCUGGGCCCGACCGUUCAGAACUGAGGUACUACCCAGAUCUUGGUAGUGACAUAUGUCAUCAGUUUGGAAUUCUGCGCCAACUCCUCAGGGGAAACCAGUGUUGGCUGUCUUCUCAGGCUUAUGAAUUAAAAUUUUUUUUGGUUUGUUUCUUUCGCAGAAGGCGUUUAACAUGACCAGAACCGCUUUUGAUGCGCUGGCAAUGUGGAAGAAGACGAAUCUUAGGAAGAAAGCUGGCCUUUUCUAAUGUAUUGCCAUAAGAUGCCAGACAUGUUACUACAAAAUUUAAUUAGAGAUAGCUAUGUUUUUUAAACGACGAUACACUUCCUUCCUUCGUUGUUUUCGUACAGGGAUGUUGGCUUGACUUAAAGCUUGACUUAAAACAUCCUUUUUCAAAAUUCGAUGUUAAUCAACUCUCUAGAAAAAAAAAUGUGUAGUUAAGAAGAUGCUGAAUUGCAAAACCAUAGCUUUUGUGUUAAUUGCCUAAUAAGCUCUGUGGUCUGUAGGUGGUUAAUCCACCAAAAAGGUUUUGUCGUACGGGACAAAAUGGAAAGAAAUGUCGAGUUAAUCUGGUGGGUUGGUUAUUGAAUGUAUUCAAAUUACUGUCUUAAAGACCCGCGGUUUUCCUCCAAAAACCAGAAAGUGGGGCUAAUAACUAGAAAGAAGGGAUUUGUCCCGAAAUGGAAAUUUUUACUUUUUCUCAUUACAAAAUACUCUAAUAUGGCGACCUUUUCGGCUUGCUUACAAGUCACGUGUUCUCCUCGCGGAGUGGUUACCAGUACUCCGCGACAGGAAUAACUCAGGCGAUAAAGGUGGAAACAACAUGCAACAGAUAGAAAGCUCGGUAGCCAUGGUGACAAAACCAAUAUAAUGGGAGGAAUUUGCAGCUUAUGAUAAGCUAUUUUCCUACUUCGUUUGACAAGGAGAGUUGGCUUAAUCAGUUAGAUAAGCUAAAACAAAACUUGAAAAACAAUUGAGAAAAAAGGGAAAAAUGUCAACCAAUGUAAUGUGCUUACAUAGCAAAAGUGACAAUGAUGGCUAAGCUAUGGCUGAUUCUAGCGCUGUUAUCGAGUUUCCUGGCACAUAAGCACUUUUCAUUUUAAAUUACCCGACAAGGUUCACAGUAAACUAGGUGAAUUCAUGUAUUUUUCUAAAACCGAAAUUAAAUUUUGUAACAGUAAUAAUUAUAGUAAUUGGUAAUGUGUAUCUUGUAACAAAAGUCAUUAUAGAGCUUUCAACUGAGAGGUGUUGAAUCUAUUGUUGUUUCUGACUUAGAAUUUGAGGGCCUCAAGAUUUGCAAAAAUUAGCUUUAAUGAUUUUUGUGAGAGAUGAAAGACAGUUAAAUUCUUUAGAGUUAUCCUAUUUUUCUCGCGUCUUAAGUCAAGAGUGCUUUUUAGCCUCUUUUGGGAGUUAAACCGGAUGGUCCCCAGACCUCUCGCUCCUCUUGCUGGCAAGUGGGACAUAGACUGUCGCAUAGUAUUCUCUGGUAGUACCGCUGACCAAACGCAUGCAAUACUAUAAUAUUCUAAUUCUAGAAGAAUUAAUUAAUCACGUGAUAAUUGAAGGCGUACAUUAUAUUGCCUCAUUGGAUAUAACGUGGGAAGGCGUUUGAGUUUACACUUCGGUACGUCGUACAUGAGGUCGUUUGAAUGAAGCGAGAGUAAAGAAAUCUAGCCAAAGUUGUUUUGUUGUAAGGAAUGUUUUGAUUAUCAUGAAGCUAAAUAACGAAGAAACUUUCAAUACUCAUCUGCGUUACGAUUGUAACGUUAAUAGUGGAGUAAUACAGACUGUUUUAUAGUUAAUGAAUUGACAUUUAGCUAGGAAAAUAAUCUCGUUGAGAAAUGGUUAAAAAAAUGCACUAAUCUUGUGAUGCUGAUAGUCAAAUAAAAUUGAAAACUGACAAGUGGAAGAUGUUUGGUUUUCUCAAACGCUAACUGUAUUUAUUAGCUUCAUCUACCAUGACAUUUAAUGGGGCGGGCCUUCCAUGUAAAAUUUUCCUCGACUUUAGUAAGGGAGCUUUGAUUUCCUCAAAGUGACUUGAAUUCUCAUUUCUAAGCCAAAACGCAAUGGGUAAUCGUUAAAGCUCUCGGACGUUCCUUUGGCGUUGGACCAUACAAAUCUUGCACAUUUUUCGAAAACACUUACCAUAGAAUUAAAGGCACAGAAGCCCACUAUUUCGUUUUCCCUUCUCUUUCUUCAAGUCUUUUCAGAGUUAAAACAUUUUCCGUCCUUGAUCAUCCCUCCCUUUUUUCUUCAUUUAGCCCUUCCUUUUCCUUCCUUCCUUCCUCCCUUCCUUCCCCCCUUCCCUCCUCCCUUCUUUUCCUUCCGUUUGCUUCCUUCCUUUCUCCUUCCUCUUCCUUACUUCGUCUUCCUUCCUCUCUUCCUUUUUACUUUUUUCCUUGUCCUUACUCCUUCCCGUCUUUUUCCUUCCUCCCUCCUUUCCUCUCUUCCUUUCCCUUCUCCUUUUCCUUCCUUGCUUUCGUACUUUUCCGUCUUCCCUCCCUUCCUUUCACCCACAUUUAGUGACGAGCAGUCAAAGGGAACAUUUGCUGGCUCGUGCUGUUUAGGGUUGGUUCUUCGGCUGUGCAUAAACUUGUCAGUCUAUUUCCUUCCUCUUUUAUUAAGUGUGUGUCAUAUCUUCAGCAGUGGCCCUUAGAUAAGAAAAUUUGUUUAGGGUUAGGAUUCUCUCCAUCCGAGAAAAUUUUGGUAGUCUCGUGACCGUUCGUCCGUCCGUCCGCACCACAAGUAAACCAAUGUUCUAUUUUUCUAGUUAUUGUGGGAGCCUGCAACCUGAUACUGCGCAUCCAUGUUUUGGUUAAUUGUUAUAGCUGUCAAAACAGGGUAUCUGCUGACCAAUAUCACAUGACCAUAUCGCGGGCUCAGAAGUUGACCCAUCGAGAUUACUUGUUUUUUGAAGUUAUCCGCUGACAAGUUACUAGUUUUCAACGUGAUGGCUACAAGUUUAUUGGUUUAAAUAAAUGAUAAAUUUAUCAGCAGUAGCUUUACCUUUAGCCUUUGGUAAAUCUAUAUACAGUCAAGAGGGUCUCAAUGGGGUUAAUCGAUAGGCGUAAAACGGCCAAAAAUUUAGCCGAUAGUCGUAAAAAAUGAAAAAUUUUAACCGUUAGCCGUAAAUACGGUAAACAAGAGUUAACCGUAAAAGAAAUUGUUCCCUAGAUUUGCUAGUUUUAAGGAAGGUACUAAACUCACUUAUGGUUGCGUUUUUUAUUUCCCGGCAAGUAUGACUGCGUACGCACGUUAGGCCAAGCGCCUUUUAGGUGUUAACCAAGACCUAGGUUCCAUUUCCGCCACUCGCUCGGGGAACCAAUUUUUAUCUAUAGCGAAAGUGUGGCUUCUUGCUGGGGAUUAAUAUUUGCGAUUUCCAGGAGGUCGUGCCCUCGAAACACGAGUGAAACAACACGCAGAGAUGUCACUGUUUGUAAAACACGUUGCCAAUAAACAACAUUUCCUGUUUUCUCUGACGCUGCGGUAGACAUUGUCAUGCCUAGUCCCUGUACGGCGUCUUCCCACGCAAUCUCGGUCAAGGCAUUUCGGUGGUAAACUCGCUCGGACCACGUGACCCGAAACGCAUUACCAGAGAGGAAUGAUGAGGCCUACAGACAAGGCAACCCCAGACAGUCGCUCCGUACAAUCCUUCGCCAUCAUUAAAAACACUGGACACGGGAAUUUUGUCAUUGGCCGUUUUCACACUAGAGCUAGAAAUGGAUUAUCCGUCUGAGACUAGCCUGUGUACAGUCGCCCCUCCCCCACAGACAUCCCUUCUCCUUUUUUUUUUUCUGAGGGGAGGGGCGGCUGUACACAGGCUAUCUUGAACGGAUAAUCCCGUCUUCAAACUGUCCGUCGAAAUUGACGGAUAAAGUCAGGCGGGUUGUUCAUUCAAAAUUAAAACUAUUCCAUUUUCAAAUUAAGACGUAUUACCUAUCUGACGCGAAUCAGCAAACGGAUACCCGUCUCACACGAAUAAUCCGUCUCUAGUGUGAAAACGACCAUUUCUGUUAAAAUGAAUGUCGCGCCCCGGCCUUGAGUUGGGCGUUCGCGUGACUGCUUUUGUUUUUCACGAAGAAUAUUUUUAAAUUGACUAUUGACAUUUCUAUGUGUAAAAUAAUGUUAGAAAAGGAAUACUUUAUAAAAAGUAUGAUCUAUCAAAUGUUAAAUUUUUUCAAAAGGAUAGCUAAUUUCAUCCCGAGAUGAUUUAACUUUUUGAAACAAAAGAAGUUAAUUUUUAACUUUUUUGUUAACCGUAACUGAAAAAAAUUAACCGAUAGCCGUAAAAGAGUCAAAAUUUUAGCCGAUAACCGUAAAAGCCACCACCCCAUUGAGACCCUCAGUCAAAUCUCGCCUUGCAGACACCCCGCUAUAACGGACACCCCGAUAAUAUGGACAGCAGUUAAAUCCCAGGCAAAAAUAAAUUACAGAGAUUUGACAGAAAUAAACUCCCGCUAUUGCGGACUCGAGGUACACGAACUUGAGGUCCCUACAGUGUCCACCAUAAAGAGAGUUGGCUGUAUUACGUCUUGUACGGCCCAGUUCAGACGCCGCUCCACUCAUGUGCCGAUUCUAACUGAUGAAUUAAGUACGGUAAAGGAGCGGCGUCUGAAUCAAUUUGGUACGGCAGUUUUAGCUUGGUGCAGCAAAAGCGUUAAGUUCGACAAAGUCUGUCGAACUUUUGUCGAACUUAACUUAGGUUCGACACACGGUACGCCGUCUGAAUCAGAUGUCGCGCCAGUGUCGCUCCAAAGUCGAACUUAUUCAGUUAAUUAGGUUCGGCACAUGAAAAGUACGGCGUCUGAACCAGGCCUACGUCUUCUACGUAACUUCUACUGAACUUAUUUAGAAUAACAUAUUUUUAACGAAGUCGCUGUAAAGCGAUUUCUUGCCUUUACUCCAUUGAAACAACCAUCUUUUUUUCAAAGUUCCUCAAAUUCUAUUCCCUCAACUGUGGCUUUAAAAUGCAUUCCUUAGAGUGUUAAUAGGGAGCUUUAGCAUCGACGACGGCAACGGCUACCAGGACGACAAAAAAGCAAUGGGUUUAUUACGCAAAACAACAACUUUGCACGUGCAUCACGCUUUUUUGUACAUUUCUUUACCGUCCUUGCACGACUACGACGUGAAACUGCCUAAUUGCAAGUUUUAUGGAGGACGUAAACAAGCGACGACGAAUCUCUUUUUCUCCCUUUAAACUUGAGUGCGGUCCUCAAGAAAUCAACUCCAGGGAAAUUCGCCUACACUUGCCAUUUUCAGCAAAUUGGAAUAAACGCGACAAAGAUUGAAAAACGGGAAUUCAUUUUAAAACUGACGUUUUCGCUGCCGUUGCCGUCGUCGAUGCUAAAGCUCCCUAAUCACUGUAUGGUGGAUGUGUUUCAUCUUCC